AAAGGAGCCUACGGGGUGGUGCAGGCCUGAUACCAUGGCACUCAUUCACUACUCCAACAGCUACAUCCCUUGUGACGAUGACGACUUGUUACAGCAGAAAACCGUCAACUUCGACUACAUUAUCUGCUACAACGGCACCAACUACACCUCGGACGACGUGAGCCAGUUUCCCAUCCCGAUUGACUUGUGGUACGUGAAGCCCUGGUGGGAAAUCACCGUCAAGGUGAUAUUAUUUCUGCCAGUCGUCUUCGGAGGUAUCAUGGGCAACGCUGCCAUUCUCAACGCUGUCCGCAAGAACCGGCUUUUGAGGCUGGCACCGAUGAACAUUUACAUUGCCAACAUGGCGGCGUGCGACCUCUGCGCCCUGAUCAUCGGGCCCUGGCUACUCAUCUGUAAUGAUUCCUUUCAGAACUACGUGCUCGGACCUUUCUUCUGCAAAACUGAGGGUUUCGUCCAAAGCUCUCUUCUAUUGGGCGGUGUCUUCAGUCUCAUAGCAAUCAGCGCCGACAGGUUUGUGGCCAUCGUGUUCCCAAAGAAGAAGAAAAUGAGCAUGCCAAUGGCGUGGUGCGUCGUCGCCACAACUUGGAUUUUGGGAAUUUCUAUUUCGGUGCCUCUGGUCCUAUUUAGGAAAUACAGGGAAAGACAGUGGCUCGAUUUUUUGGAAAAAUACUGCACUGAAGAUUCAAUUUUAUCUGUAUACUGGACCAUAAUGAUUUCCCUUUUGGUUUGGCUACCUUUAUCAGUGAUGCUGAUUUGCUACUCGGCUAUAUUUUUAAAGCUGACGCAUUACGCGAAGCAGACAAGAGCAAGUACGAUUAAUUCCACAAGGGACUUCAGGACACGGGUAACCAGAAUGGUUCUCAUACUUGUUUUAGUUUUCAUUGCUUGCAGAGUGCCAUUUACUGCUAUGAUUUACGUGCGAAAUAACAAUACCCAAAAGAUAGGAUUGGAUUUCCGUAUCUUGUGGUGGGUGGCCCAUUACCUAAUUUACACAAAUGCUGCCAUCAAUCCGCUCAUAUACGGCAUGACCAAUGACGGCUUUCGCAGAGCGAUCCAGAACACUUAUUCCUGUAGGUCAGAACCAGAAGAGAGCCCCGAACCAACAGCUCAAAAACAAACAAAUCAAAUGGAAAAGCGUGAGUCAAGCAGGGCGCUUGAACCAAGAGAACCCUACCACGUAGAACCUUGCUGGCGACCUAAUGGGGUUAAUAGUGAAAAUUGUCCUCCAAAUAAUAUAUCUACAGUGUUUACAAUCGGAGAUACAGUUCCAACAAGUAGCACUGAAUAG